CACGGACCUACAGACGUAUUAUCCAAUCAGGUCUCUUGAAUUGAGUUGCGUGUGUUUGAUGCGACGACGUGUCACACGUAUUGGUUCCACUGAGAACUGAUCAGCUGUGUGCAUGAACUGAAGGCAGAAUGGGUAGGAGUUAUAUUGUAGAUGAAGCUGUGGCGAAAUAUCUUGGUGGUCUUCAGGCAGAUCCCGGAUCAUGUGCGACUGGACUCCUGGCUGGUCAAUCCUCUCCUCAGAGAGAAUUUGUGGUGCUGGCCGUGCAAACUCCUCACAGGGAGAGUGAGGGGCAGCUGAAGUCUUCCAGAGGGGGCAGCCCACUGGAUGACAUUGAUGUGGAGUGGGUCACAGAACAUGCCAGGCAGGUGUCCCGCAUGUUACCAGGAGGUCUUUGUAUUCUUGGCUUGUUUUUAGUAACCCCACCUGAACUCUCCAAAGAUGCCCAAAACACGUUAAAAAGGCUUAUAUUUGCCAUGGAUAAAUGCAUAGGUAAGGGAAGAUUGUGGGAACUCACAGAGGAGGAUGUGACUGAUCGAGUCACCCUGCACAUCUGCUCCAAAACAAAGAAAACUGUCUGCAAAACGCUUGAUGUAAAAGAUCCAAAGAGUUCAGCCAAGCCAGCAGACUGGAAGUAUCAGACAGAUGUCUCGUCAUCCUGGCCCAUGUUGACCUGCUCUGUUGAGGUGGAUCUGCCGAUCCCUUUGACAGGAUCCUCUGAUAACACGGACAAGUGCAUGAAGGAUGGUCUUAGGAGGUGGGCUAAACAGAUUGAGGCUGGUAACUGUCUCAUAAGUGGCAGACAGGCAUUAGAUGACUCUGAACUCAUCUCAGGACAGAAAAAGAACAUAAAGACAGCCCAUCGUCAGACACUCCCAGCCCGGAUCCUUGUCUCAGAUGAGCAGCCAGAACUGGAUGAGCGGUGCAGUGCUCUGGUUCAGCUGUGCAGUGGCUCCAUAAGGGUUCGAGGGGUGGUUCACUGCAGGGCCUACAUCCACAACAACAAACCCAAAGCCAGACAUGCAGCACAGGCCAUUAAGAGAGACAUCAUAAACACGGUUUCCUCCAGAGUGGAGAUGUUUCUGGAAGAUCUUUUAAUAAGUGAAGGGAGUCACAAAGGUCUGUGCACUGGGCAGCAGGCUCUUCCUCGGCGUGUGUUUGCCCCAAUGCCCUUCUCCGGCCUGUCUGUGUGUGACUACAUGUUCCCAGAUGAAAGUACUGCUGAUGUGGCUGAGCGUCUGAAAGAGAUGUUGGACUGGGAAACACCAGAAGAGGACAUAGAUAUUAGUCUGGAGAAAAAUCAGUUAUUCUCCCCUGAAUUGGAGAUAAUUGAUGGCCAUGAUUCCAGUAAACAUGUAAUCUCAGAAGAAGUUGAAAAUUCCAAAAUUCAAAAAGCCCCUCACUACUAUACUGGUGUGGCAGUAGCAGCAACCAUUGCUCUUCUUGCCACAGCCACAUCUCUGCUGUAUCUUAGUGAAUGACAAUGGAAAUAGCAAAUAUGUAGCAAAAACUGUACAAGUGAGUGUGUAUGUUUGUAUAAUAUACUGUAAAAUCUUAAAUAUAAAUACAUUUGGACCACAAAUCUAUUAUAGGAUUAUUGUAAUGUAAAAUACACUAAAUGGCAAAAGUAAGUCUCCACAUACUUUUGCCAUAUAGUGUAUUUUACAUUACAGUAAUCAUUUCUAAUAAACAGGUUUGGCUAUUUGAGAGAAGACUUAAUGUUACACUAUAUAAUGACAAUCUAGAAAAUGAUGUGCCUAACAGUCACUGUCUGACCUUACUGAUGCCCGCUGUUUAUCAUUCUGCCAUUGUUCUGAAAUUAAAUGUUCAGCAAGACACACAAGCAUCAGUGACGAUGUUGGGUGAUGGGCUUUGUUCAGGCCAGUCAAGUCAUUUCUCUACAAUUUUUUGCCACAAAGUUGGAAAAAUACAGUCCUUUUUGUGAUGAAGCACUUUGAUUUGAUUUAUACUAGAAUAAUUGGAAUAGAAAAAUCUGUUAAUUCAAAACGGUUGUUCACAUAUUUUUUGGUAGUAUAUAGUGUAGCUCAAAAUAUAUAUUUUAAAUAUGUUAAUUUUAGUAAUAACAUACCAGUUACCUUAAGUCCAAAUUACACAAUCAUGUGUUUUGUUUUGUUUUGAUUUUUUCCCCUUGAGGGGGAAUAAGAUUUCUGGCAUGUUUUCACUCGUGCAACGUUAAGAACAGAUCAAAAGAAAAACGUUAACUGUCAUUAUCCAUGCAUUUCUUUGUAGAAUGUCUGUGGCUUUUCCAGUAUAUUAUCAUUGCCAUUUGUCAUGUCAUUAUCAAACCAGUUUCUUUUGGCUUCUGUUGCAGCUCAGCAAUAAAGGCAUACAGGAAAUGAUGUAUUAAACUGAAUGGAAAAUACCCUCA